GCGUGCCAUCACGGGCUCACAGAAGCUCAUUUUCGUUGCUUCUUCUGUUUUUCCUUCUCUCGCUUCUGUGGGACGAGGCCAGCUCUUUUGUCUUCUCCUUCCGCCGCUCGUCUCUUGCUUCUUCUUCUUCGUUCUGAAUCCCUCAAUUCACCUGUCAGGAGGUAUCUUAAGGAGGAUCAGGCGGUCAUAGAGAAGAGCAGCCAUGAAGGUCACGAUGGACGUCGGGCCGGAUGGUGUCGCCCUGAUCACUAUCAGCAAUCCCCCGGUCAACGCGUUGGCGAAUCCCAUUCUCGCAGGAUUAAUUCAGAAAUAUGAUGAAGCAAAUGCAAGGGAUGAUGUGAAAGCUAUUGUUAUUAUUGGUGAGGGUGGCAAAUUUUCUGGUGGUUUUGACAUCAAUGUCUUCACAGAAGUCCAAAAGACUGGCGAUCUUUCACUUCUUGGAGAUGUGGCUAUUGACCUGAUGGUUAAUAGAAUUGAAGUUUCCAGAAAACCUUCUGUAGCAGCUAUUCAAGGUCUUGCACUUGGUGGUGGUUUGGAGUUGGCAAUGGCAUGCCAUGCACGGAUUGCCACUCCAAAAACUCAACUUGGCCUGCCAGAACUUUCACUUGGUGUAAUUCCAGGAUUUGGAGGUACACAAAUGCUUCCAAGGCUUGUUGGGAUUUCAAAAGCUAUUGAUAUGAUGCUAUCAUCAAAGCCAAUAACUUCUGAAGAAGGAAAGGAACGUGGCCUUAUUGAUGCAAUUGUACCUCCCAAUGAGUUGCUAAAAGCAGCUAGGCUUUGGGCAUUAGAUAUCGCUAAUAGGCAUAAACCUUGGAUGAGUUCUUUGAGGAGGACAGAUAGAAUUGGCUCUUUUUCUGAAGCUCGAGACAUAAUAAAUGCUGCUCGACAACGUGCAAAACAGACUGCUAAGAAUCUUCCACAUCAUCAAGGUUGUCUUGAUGUGAUUGAGGAGGGUGUUAUUUUUGGAAGCUAUGCAGGACUUCUCAAAGAGACAAAGGUGUUCAAAGAGUUAGUGCUAGGCAAUACCUCUAGAGGCCUUGUGCACGUGUUCUUUGCUCAGCGUUUAACAGCCAAGAUACCCGGUGUCACUGAUAUAGGGCUGAAGCCUCGGAAAAUGCAAAAAGUUGCAGUAAUUGGUGGAGGGUUGAUGGGUGCUGGAAUAGCAACUGCUCUUAUUGUCAGUGGCACACAUGUGAUUCUUAAGGAAAUAAAUGCUGAUUAUUUAAAGCAGGGCAUUAACAGGAUAGCAGAAAAUCUCCAAGGCCAUGUGAAAAAGGGAAUUGUGCCAAAAGCAAAGUUUCAUGAAAUCAUGUCAAAUGUAAAGGGUGUGCUGGACUAUUCAGAAUUUAAGAAUGUCGAUAUGGUGAUAGAGGCUGUCAUAGAAAAGGUUCCUCUGAAGCAAUCAAUAUUCAAUGACCUAGAAAAAGCUUGUCCUUCUCACUGCAUUUUGGCAACAAAUACUUCCACCAUUGACCUUAAUGUGGUUGGCGCAAGGACCCAUUCUCAAGAUCGUAUUAUCGGGGCACAUUUCUUCAGCCCUGCUCAUGUUAUGCCCCUGUUAGAAAUAGUUCGCACCGAGAAGACAUCUCCCCAGGCGAUUCUUGAUCUUAUGACUCUUGGGAAGGCUAUAAAGAAAGUCCCUGUUGUUGUUGGGAACUGCACUGGUUUUGCGGUUAAUCGAACCUUCUUUCCUUACACUGAUGGGGCACACCUUUUGGCCAACCUGGGUGUGGAUGUAUUCAGGAUUGACAGAGCAAUAAGCAGUUUUGGCAUGCCCAUGGGUCCUUUCCAGCUUCAAGAUUUGGCUGGCUAUGAUGUGGCACUGGCUGUUGCUGUAGAGUUUUCUGCUGCUUUUGCAGAUCGUAAAUUUAAUUCUCCAUUGGUGAAAAUUAUGGUUGAGAAUGGGCGAUAUGGGAAGAAGAAUGGCAGAGGAUAUUACUUAUAUGAGAGGGGAAGCAAACCAAAGCCAGAUCCAGACGUACUCCCAAUUCUUGAGGAGUGCCGAAGGCGUACACAUGUAAUGCCUGGUGGAAAGCCAAUAUCUGUCAGCGAUCAAGAAAUUGUUGAGAUGAUACUUUUCCCAGUUGUCAAUGAAGCAUGCCGGGUAUUAGAUGAAGGAGUAGUUGUUAGAGCAUCAGACCUGGAUACUGCAUCUGUUCUUGGAAUGAGCUUCCCUUCUUAUCGGGGUGGGAUAGUUUUCUGGGCAGAUACAGUUGGAGCUGGUUAUAUAUAUUCACGUCUAAAGAAGUGGGCAGAAACAUAUGGACCAUUCUACAAACCGUCUGCUUUCCUAGAGCAAAGGGCUGCGACAGGCUUGCCUCUGAGCUCACCUUCUGUAGCAGAAAAAUCAAGGGCGCGCAUGUAAGCUCAUGGAUGGUUUUCUCCUGUUUCUUUAAUCCACUUCUUUGGGAAUCAAAAGGGAUCCGUUCAAGGUAAUUAAGGGUCAUUAGCUGAAGAAUAAGGUGACAUAAUUUGAGGAACUGAUGUGUACCAAGAAAGAUUUUCAUUGUGGGAUGACAAAGUGUUCAUGCAAAAUAAUGUUUAAAUAGUUCCCUUUUGCUUCCUGAUC